GGUAAAGUUUUAACAUUCACUUGGCAUUAUUUCAUUAUCAGGUCAAUCAUAUUGCAGAAAUGUCACGACUUGAUAACAUUGACGCCUUGGAAAAGCAAUUAGCCGAAUUACAAAUGGCUAAAGAUUUAAACACUUCCGGCAAAGUUAAAAAGGUUCCACCAGCUGUACCGCCAAAAAAGAAAGCUCAACCUCAAGUUCCGCACAGCGCUGUCGUGAGUGCUAUUUGUGAGCCAUCAUAUUCGUCAAUGAUCAUGCCACCGACCAACAAUAAUACAAUGUACAGCAGCAGCAAUACACUCCCGAGUAAUACGCGUCCUCACAUUCAUAAAGAUUACGCCAAUGUUAACCAAUUAAAUCUAUCAACAUUCAACCAUGCCUAUAGACAAAACUUACCUUUGCCAUCUAAGGCUUACAAUGCAACAUACAGUAAUAUACACCCAUUCAGAAGCAAUGAUAACCUGCCUCCAGUGCCUCCGCCACCACCGCCACCUCCUCCACCACCAUCAAUUGCGAUCUCUACAUCAAAACCCUACAAUGGAAGCCAAAAUAAUGACGAGUAUUUGCCGCCACCAUCACCUGUAAGUUCUAACUACAGUGAAUUAGUCAGAGCCACUGCAAACUUGAAUUACAAUCAGGAAAGGCCAAAUUAUCCGCCCAUAUAUCAGAACGAGUUUCCUGAAUACGGAGCUUCCCAAUCAUCAACAUAUGAGUCACUUUAUGAGCCUAUUAACCCACGUCCUCACAGCAACUUGUCAUCUCAAUCUAAUUCCAUGCACAAUUAUCGCAAUAACUUGUCUAACACAAGCAAGUCACCGCUUCAUAAAGAAGAGGAGGUUGAUGCCUUAACUAAUCUUCUUGUAAAAUCUAUCACUGAUAGUCAAGACUUAGAUGUGUUUGGAACAUGUGUUAAAUGCGACGGUAAAGUUAUAGGUGAAAGUUCCGGAUGCACAGCCAUGGGAAAUAUGUAUCACGUCACAUGCUUUUGUUGCCACCGUUGCAAUGUGAACUUACAAGGAAAACCAUUUUAUGCUGUGGAAGGUCAGCCGUACUGUGAAACUGAUUACUACGAAACAUUAGAGAAAUGUUCUGUUUGCGACAUGCCAAUCCUAGAUCGGAUUUUGCGCGCUACUGGGAAACCUUAUCAUCCCAAUUGUUUCACUUGUGUUGUGUGUGGCAAAAGUCUGGAUGGAAUACCAUUCACAGUGGAUGCAAUGAAUCAAAUUCAUUGUAUCGAAGAUUUCCAUAAGAAAUUUGCACCGCGUUGUUGUGUUUGUGAGUUGCCAAUAAUGCCAGAAGAAGGCGAGGAAGAGACUGUACGUGUGGUAGCUUUGGACCGCAGCUUUCACGUCAGAUGUUACCGAUGCGAGGAUUGCGGGCUCCUUCUGUCCUCGGAGUCAGAAGGCCGGGGAUGUUAUCCACUUGAUGAUCAUAUUCUUUGUCGAAACUGUAACGCGCAUCGUAUCCGUCUUCUUACAAAUGUUAUGACAACUGAUCUUUAAAUUAUUUCAAUCUAACUAUAUUUCAAAUAUUAUGUAGCCUCAUGUAAGCAUAGCCUUUUUAAUUGUCAGAAAAUGCUUAUAUAACAUUUAAUAGUAAUUUAUAUAUUUUUAUGGAUAUUAUAAGAUUUUUAUAUGACUAUUUUAUUUGUUAGAUUAGUAAAUACCUACAUAUUUUCUAGUGAUAUAUACAGUAGUUAUUUAUAUUAUGAGCCAUUGUAUUCUAUAAGAAGACUGUUAAUCAGAGUAAUAUUUUGUCAAUUUUAUUGUAAUGUUAGUGAAUUAUGGAAAAUAUUUUAAUUGGUUAUUAUGAUAAUUGCGGCAUGUGAUAAUCGCGACUAUACUGUUGUGUAUCUUCUAUUUAUGAAGCAUUAUGAAUGCUGUAAAAUCAUUUACAUAUUGACUAUGUUGUAUUUACUAUACCUAUUUAUAAUGUAGUUUUGUGGCAGCUUUUUUUUUCUUUAAUAAAUGUUCUUAUAUA